AUUGUAGUCGGCAUCAGCCAUGCCUCUAAAGGACUACCUGCGCAACGCCCUCAAUCUGACCGUCUUUGGCACGAAUUACCCGCGAAUUACGCAUUCAAAAAGUUGCGCGAAUCCGUCAACAAGACGAACUGGAUUUCUCACGGUAGACCGGCCGUUGUCAAUGCUUACUAUUCACCACUAGAGAACUCGAUCCAAUUUCCGGCCGGUAUCCUUCAAGGCGCAUUCUUCGGCAAAAACAGACCCGCCUACCUAAACUAUGGCACCAUCGGUUGGGUUAUUGGGCACGAAAUCACGCACGGAUUCGAUGAUCAGGGACGUCAAUUCGGUCCCGACGGCAAUUUGGCCGAAUGGUGGGAAUCGCCGACCAAGAAAAAUUAUUUGGAGCGGGCCCAGUGCAUUAUUAACCAAUACGGCAAUUACUCAUUCCCGGAACUCGGCUUGAAUAUCAACGGAAUCAAUACUCAAGGUGAAAACAUUGCCGUCAAAGGCAGGAUCAAGGAAGCCUAUCGAGCCUACAUCAAAUACGCGACAGUACACUCACGAUCCGGUUUCGAGAACUGGGAUCAAGUCGAGCAGCGAUUGCCCGGCCAGUACAAUGUGAGACAAUUGUUUUGGCUGGGAGCCGCCAACGUGUGGUGUCAGAAAUCACGACCGGAAAGCUUGAAACUGCACAUCCUGACGGGCGCCCACUCUCCAUCCCGCUUCCGCGUCCGUGGACCCUUCGCCAACAUGCCCCAAUUCGCAUCCGAUUACAAUUGUCCCCUAAGCAGUGCAAUGAAUCCAGUACAAAAAUGCGCCGUCUGGUAA